AUGAGCUUCGUGUCGGGGCUUAAAUCACGCGACCAGGGAUCUGAUACGGGCUGUCAUCUUCCAACCCUCCCCAAUUUUCCAAUCUCGUGUUCUGCGACCUAUCCGUUCGCAUCACACAUUCGCACGCAAACCCGCCAAAGGUCUCGCGCACUAUCUCAACAACGGUUACUACGUGGAGGAUCAACAUCCGACCAGUAUAACCAUUCAACCAUAAUGCCUACACCACUUCCAUCGAGUUUCGCUUCGGCCGCCGCCGGUAACACCCAGGACCCCAGUCGGAGGGGGGAUGGCUCGACCAGCGGAGAAUGGUCUCGAAACCGCAUGAACGGAGCUACGCAGACCUUCCGUCGUCCUUCCGUUGCGACCAACGCCCCUCACCACCGGGAUAGUAGCCAGCCUGCAUCUGCUUCGACACCCGUUGGCGGCGCGUACAUCCCCCCACACAUGAGCUCAAAUACUUCUAGCAUUGCACGGAAUGGGGACCCCCGGUACUCCAAGGAUGAACUUCUAGAGCUGUAUAAAUCACAGCGUGAUGAGGGAUCCUUGAGUAGAAACGUGGAGGAAUACUUCGUGGCAGACUGGGAUCCCCACACAGUUUCAGCUCCCGCAAAUGGUGCGUGGGGGAAGCGGGAUGACCACAAGAAUGGCUCCGCGGGGCCCGAAGUGUGUUGGGACCACGGUGGCCAGGUGGAACCUCUCGGAUUGACGGGCAUGACGGAGGAUGAGCGGGAGAUGUUCGCCGCCUCGGUCAAUUCCCCUCUGAAGCCGCCCCCUACCAACGCCGCGAAGGAAAAUGUUAUUCCUGGAACAGGUGGUCGCAAAUCUUCUAUCUCUUACCCUCAGGGCCAUAUCAAUAACUACAACACCUCCUCUCCUACCGCUGGGCGCCCUGGCCCCCGCCGCAGGGAAACGGGCGAAUCAAUUGGAAACCCUAUGUCUCCUACCGGCUCGAACUCCCGAUUCUUCCGCGACGAGGCCAACACUUCUACCCCUCCACCAGCUUUGUUGCGCCGCAAGACCGAUUUCCGAGACCCCAACCCGAAGCUUGAUGAGAAGGUUAAGGAUGGAAGGGAGGAUCCCUCCUCUCCAUUUGGUUCUCUGAAGCGCAGCUCCACUAAUCCCCUGAAUACGGGCGUGAGUGGGCCGAGUUCCCCUUGGGGAUCGGCUUCGCAUAACGCCAAUUUCUCGCCGAUGGGCGCGUUUGGAGCGUUUUCUCUCGGUUCCAACGCCAAUACCCCGACUACUGAAAAGAAGCCGGGUUAUGGAAGCCUCCGUGGAGAAAGCAGGUUCAAGGGGUUGUUAUCCAAGGAUAGCACCGAGGACAUGGCCGGCUCCGCCAAGGAGAAGCCUUUGGGUAACCUCGAACGGCUUGCUGAGAGCGAACACGAUGCGCGCUCCCAGUCACCUUGGGGGGAAGCCGUGAAGACGCGUCUUAACCGAAGUGAAACUAAUCCCUUUGAUGAGCCCCGCAGUGGAAGUGCUGCUCUUGGCGGAUCUCAGGAUGUUGAGGGCCCUCCCCAAUCUGAUCUCGGGUUUGGUGCAUUCGGCAUGACAUCUAGUAUCCCCGGCUUCCGUGAGCUGAUGCAAAGCCAGGAGAAUUCCAGGAACCCUACUCCCAGUCUUCUCCAGGGCCAUGAACCGACCAGCCCCACCAACACCAAUCCAUACCAAAGCCCGCAUGGUGAUCGUCACGGUGACCGGGCGGAGCCAGAGGACGUCGACACUGAUGGAUCUGAUAUCCAGCAGGCUCAGCAUCCUGGUCUCAGCGGACUUCGGGAUCCUACCAACCCAUUCGGCUCGAUGAGACGCGUCGGAUCGGGAAUGGAUCUUCCUUCCGUUGACCGCAGCCAGAACUCCAGUGUCAAUGCUAAUCGCACUUUCUCUGGUCUUGGCGGUCUGGGCGGUUUGUCUUCCCUUGGCGGGCCCUCUGCCUGGUCAUCUGGUGCUGCCGUCGGCACUCCCACCCGCGAGCGAUCCGCCUUCGCCGGUGGAUUUGGUGAUCCCAUUUUCGGUUCAAUGGGCGGCGAUCUUCAAUCUCCAAGCUUGUCUACCCUGGGUGGAGGUGGCCUUUUCAGCCCCCACGCCGGCAUGACUGGCACUGGAAGUAUUGGCCGAUCAAGCAAGCUGGGUGCACUCUUUUCUUCGAUGCAAGACGAACAAGGUCGAUCGGACUCUGUUGGCCUAGAAGGAUUUGACCCCCAGCAGGCUGAGAAGGCCGGUCAGGCAAGCCACCCUGGCUCGACGCCUACCUCUCAAACACCCGUCUCGGCCGUCGGCUCUAUGGCUAACCUAGCUGGCCAUGAUAUCCAGCCCACUGGAACCCCUGGCGGCUCUAUCCCAACAUCCCAACAGCGUACCAUGGUUAUGCCCGAUAGGAUGCGUUGGAUCUAUCGUGACCCCCAGGGUAACAUCCAAGGCCCGUGGACCGGACUUGAGAUGCAUGACUGGUUCAAGGCUGGCUUCUUCAGCCCGGAUUUGCAGAUCAAAAAGCUCGAGGAUACUGAGUUCGAGCCUCUAGCUCAGCUCGUCCGACGCAUUGGGAACUCCCGCGAGCCAUUCCUCGUCCCCCAAAUCGGCCUUCCUCAUGGCCCAGAACCCGCUGUGGCUCAGUGGACUCAGAACAGCACCGCUGGCUCUGCACAGCCUCCCUUCCCUGGCAGUUUCCCCAGCUUCGGCACUACGCUAACAGCCGAGCAGCAAAAUGCUCUUGAACGCCGUAAGCAAGAAGAGCAAUACCUGAUGGCCCGACAGAAGGAGCAUUUGGCCCAGCAGCAGGCUAUUAUGAAGCAGAUGGUGCCUCCUGGCGCUCCGUCUUCCUCUAUGAACCCUCCACUCCAGCACCAGUCCAGUGCCCACAGCCUCCAAAGCCAGCCCAGCUUCGGAAGUAUCACCUCUCCCGUUGGAUACCAGCCAUCUCCAAUCCAGGCUCCCAUGCAACAAGGAUCCCAGUCUGGUGCUGGCUUCUUCGAUGGCGCUACACAGAGCAGACAGGGUGGAUUGUCAAACGUUGGAUCGGGUAUGCUGGGAACAGACUUUGGUGGUCAGGACCAGCUUCCUGCGCUCCUUGAUCGUUUGAACGUUCGCCAGGAUCCAUUUGCCUUUGGCAAUGCCGGAUCUUUUGCCGGUCGUCAACCUGAUAGCUUCUUGCAGUCCCAGCAGGUCACACAGAUGCUCCAGGACCGCGCUCAACUCCAACAGGAGCAGGAAGAUUUCGACAAGGCUCACGAGGAUGAUCCAUUUGACCAGCACGCCCGUGAAGAACGUCUGCGCCAAUUCCAUGCCCUUCGCGCCCAGGAAGGCGAGAUGGGUAUGCGCACCGCCGAGGGCCUGCCUACCCACCCUGCCGCUGCUUCUCAGCAGCAUGAAGCUGAUGUCACUGCCGAGAUGGAGGAAGCCGCUCAGCAGCUCACUGACUCUGUCACUGGCUCCGAGCCCCUCACCCUGUCUCAGCAGGUCCACAAAGCUGCUUCCGCCCAGCGCCAACAGCAGGAGCAAGAACAGAGCCAUGGACCUUCCGAGUCUGUCUGGAAAGUGGACCACGCUAUGCCCCAGCCUUUCCCUCCCCCUCCCUCCGCCUCUCCUCUGCCUGCGCCCACCGCUCAGCGCAACCGUCAGAAUGUUGCUGAGUCUCUCGCCACUGGCUCGCGCUCUCAGACCCAAACUCCUGUCGAUGCUGCCCCUACCUCUGUUGCUCCAUGGGCCAAGGAAGCUAAUGACCUGCCUAAGGGUCCAUCCCUAAAGGAGAUCCAGGAAGCUGAAGCUCGCACUGCUGCUCAGCGCGAGGAAGUUGCUGCCGCUGCUCGCCGUGCGCAGUUCCUCGCGGAGCAGGAACGUCUGAGCCAGGCUCAAGCACAGGCUGCCCCCGGUCUUCCCUCGUCCGCCAAUUGGGCCAGUGGUGGAUCUCCUGCGCCUACUUCAACUGGCUCUCCGUGGGCCAACAAGAGCGCUCCCGCUCCCACCGGUGCUGCUACCAAGAAGACUCUUGCUCAAAUUCAGAAGGAAGAAGAGGCCCGCAAGAACCGCGCUGCUGCGGCGGCCGCUGCUGCCAUGGCAGCCACUCCUAGCCCUCCUGUUCCCUCUUCCACUGGCAAGCGUUACGCUGACCUUGCCAGCAAGGGUCCUGCCCCCGUUGCCCCGACCGGCCCGGCCUCCAGCGCCUGGACCACUGUCGGAGCCAGUGGUAAGGUGAAGGGCGCACCAACUGCACCUCUGGGGCCCCGCUCCUCCGGCGCAGCAGCCCCAAUGUCACCUGUCAUUGCCAAGCCUCGCCCUACUAUCACCCCCCGCACUGUGACUAGCGGCUGUCUCCCCCAGUCCAACCCCAACCAGGCCGUUGAAGAGUUCACCAAGUGGGCGACUCUCAGCUUGAGUAAGGGGUUGAACACUGGCAUCAAUGUCGACGAUUUCGUCCAGCAGCUUCUUUUCCUUCCUGCCGAAGCGGAGAUCAUCUCUGAUUCUGUCUAUGCCAACUCCCAGACCCUCGAUGGUCGUCGCUUCUCAGAGGAGUUCAUCCGCCGCCGCAAGCUUGCCGACAAGGGUAUUGUUGACCCCGUCUCGCCCAGUGCUUUCGGUGAACAGAAGGCAGGUGGUGGAUGGAGCGAGGUAGCUAAGAAGGGCUCUGCUGCCACUGUUGUGGCUGCCACCCAGCGUGAAGAGGAGGCCGCUUCUUCCGCGUUCAAGGUCGUCGCUCCCCGUAAGAAGGGCAAGCGCUAA